GUCUGAUUAUUUUCGUUCCUUUUUCUUAUUUCUUAUUGACCACUCUGAGGAUAGCAGGACCAUUUCACCCAGUUUAACAAAAUGUGUUUCAGAACAACAUUGCAGACUUGCUUUAACUAGGUCACACUGCUGGCAGACCACUGAACUUAACUAGACGUUUAUUUGAAAGAAAAGGACGACCUCGUUGUGGCUGUGCGGCCAAGGUUCAGGGACCGGAAUUCAUUUCAUUUCAUCAUUAGAAAGCUGGACUGUAGCUGGAGAGAGUCUUUCCCCUCUCAUUCCGCCGUACUGACAGAGUUUGUCAACGCGUCUGUUGACAUGCAAAUCGGACAGAGGGAGGCGACAGCAGCACGGAGAGACGACAGAAGCUACCGAGUGAUCCCACUGUACUCCCUCUGACAGCGUGCACUUAAUGGGACGAGCGAUCGACCUUUCUGUCCGAGUCGACACUUCAUGAGACAGUUUUCUCGUCGAGCAGCUGAGAGAAUGAAGGGGAGGAAUCCUGCUAGUUUGUGGAGUUUGUAGCAACGGAAGAAACGGCCACACUGGCAGCCUUUCCAGCUCAUGUUUUACUUCCUAUCUGCUGCCGAGCUCACCAUGAGUUAGAGGGAACCUGAGAUCAUUGCCACAGCUGCCUUCCUCGCUAUCUGGAACGCCGUGUCUGACCGUGACAGCAGCAUCAUUAGCCCUGCUUCAUGAGCCAGCAGGAUGCGGCUGAGGUCCUCGCACUCUCCGAGCGCCUCCUCAUAGCUUCACACAAGGGACAAGCUGACAAUGUGGUCCAGCUUAUCAACAAGGGUGCAAAAGUAGCUGUCACCAAGUAUGGUAGGAGCCCCCUGCACUUGGCUGCCUACAAAGGCCACAUUGAGGUUGUCCGUAUCCUGCUCAAAGCUGGCUGUGACCUGGACAUCCAAGACGAUGGGGAGCAGACGGCAUUACAGCGGGCUGCUGUGGUGGGAAACAGUGAUGUCAUCAGUGCUCUCAUCCAGGAAGGGUGUGCACUGGACAGACAAGACAAGGAUGGCAACACAGCUCUCCAUGAGGUGUCCUGGCACGGCUUCUGCCAGUCCGUCAAACUGCUGGUGAAGGCUGGAGCCAACGUUCAUGCUAAAAACAAGGCAGGAAACACAGCACUCCACCUUGCAUGUCAGAACGGUCAUGCUCAGAGCUCCAAGGUUCUGCUCCUGGGAGGCUCCAGGCCCGACAGCAAGAACCAUGCCGGGGAUACGUGUCUGCAUGUCGCAGCCCGCUAUAACCAUGUGGCUAUGAUUCGCAUCCUGCUUGGAGCCUUUUGCUCUGUGUCAGAGAAAAACCUGGUUGGGGACACACCACUACACGUGGCAGCUGCUCUGAAUCAUAAGAAGACAGUACGUCUGCUGCUGGAGGCGGGUACAGACAGCCGCAUCUGCAACAAUGCAGGUCACACGGCUCUGGACCAGGCCAGAGAGCACAACAACCCAGAUGUGGCUCUUCUACUGACCAAAGCUCCCCAGGUUCAGAGUUUUGUGCGUGGCAGGAGUGUGAGGAAACGGAGAGACAAGCUGAAGGCGGAGGGCAGAGCUCAGUCAGUACCCAGAGAUGAGAUGCUACCCUGUAAGGACAGUGCAUCUGCUGCAGAUGACACCCAGAGCAGUGAGCGAGUUGCCUGCAAGCAGGUGACAGAGUCAAACACAAGGCGGGGAAAGAACAGGAAGCAGAAAGAAAAGCCAUCUCUGUCUGACCCCCUUCGCCGCAAAGAGACCAGGAACAGCGAAGCCAGUCACAAAAGGAAAGACAGACUGCGAGGAGGGGCCUUUCAUGCGUCCGUCCCUCCACACAACUAUAAAGCCUAUCAGCUCUACACACUGUACCGCAGCAAAGAUGGCAAGAUCAUGCAGGCUCCUCUGAAUGGCUGCCGCUGUGAACCCCUAAUCAACAAACUGGAGAACCAGCUGGAGGCCACCAAGGAAGAGAUGAAGAUGGAAAUCCACACUGUCCAAGACCUGAUGAACUGCAAGAUGGGCCAACUGGACCGCAAGAACAAACACCAGAUCCGAGCUCUUGAUAAGAUGACGUUGGAGAGAGUGUCAGCGGAGAGGACUGAGUGUCUGCAAAGGAUCGAGCAGCGGGCCCUGCAGGAGAGACUGGAGGCAGAAAAGAGACAGCAGGAGUCCCUGGUCAGUGAGCUGAAGAGUUGGUGUCUGUCCAAGCUGCAGAACAUGGAGUUUCGCUUUGCAGGAGACCCCAGCAGCACCAAGCUGCAGUGCUCCUCCUCUGCCGCAGAGGGCCUAGAUGAAGCUGAUGGAGCUAGCCUCACUGCACCACCUUGUGGCCAGGGAGAUAGCUCCCAGUGCAUGGAGCUCCAAAGCAGCCUUGCCCUCCUGGACUCAGGCCGGGGGGAGCCCAGUGUGGCAGAGGGGGGCUCAGCUAACCAUUACUUUGUGGUUCAUGUGGAAAGCUCUCCAGAUGGUGAUAAGGCUCAGAAUGCAGAAGUCAACUCUCCUGCAGCAAAGAGCCUGCUGUCAUCAGUCCAAGUGGUUCGCCCGAAGGAGCGCUCAGUGAUCUGUGCUGACACCCAGAGCAAGACCAAGGAUCUGCACGAAGUGGACAUGUUGGCAGUCGGGGCAAGCGGGGGCAAGAGUUACAGAGCCAGCAGUCUGUCUCCAUCUACAGAGCGCCAUUGCAGCAGCAGGACUGAAGCUGGCCUCAGAGACAGGGAGCGAGGGCGGGACAGAGGGAAGAACCGCAAGAAACAUUCCCAGGGCAGGACUAAGUCCAGAGGGGCCUCAGGGGUCAGGACUCUGGAGGUGUUUGGAGAGCAGUCAAAAGAACCCUCAUUUGCUCAAGAGAGGGACAACAUGCAUGCUCUGGAGGUGACUCAGUACUUCUUUGAGGCUGUAUCAACGCAGAUGGAGCGCUGGUAUGAGAGGAAGGUGCAGGAGGCUCGCUGGCAGGCCAAUCAGAGGGCUCAGGCCGACCGAGCUGCUCUGGUAGAGAGGAUCACUUACCUGGAGGACGAGCUGCAAAUGCUGAGGACGAGCAGACAUGACGACUGCUAACACUUAGCUCAUGUCACCAUCAGACUACAUACAAACAGAUGGAAUCUAUGUGAGAUCUGAUUUAACCCUCUCUAACAGCCAUGGACAACAACUGCUACCACAGUAGAGAAGUAAAGGCAUUAUUUUCAUUGUUGGAUCCACUGUAUCUCUACGUAUGUUUUCACAAAUCAAAUCCCCAUUGGCUAUCAUGAUAGCACUGGACUGAUAGUCGUGUAGUAAUAAGGGCAGCUCUCAUGCACUGUUGUAAAUAAACCAGUAGAUAUAAAGCUAGGUAUCAGAUUGAUCUGUUGUGCCAUUUAUAGGAGAGAGGCACCACAUUAAUCACAUCAACUAACACUGUGCAGUGUGUACACACGUCCAUUUACAAUAAGCCCCACCAUACUCUAAACACUGAUUUGUGCAAAGAUAGAAUAGUGCAACUGUCUUUCUCUAAAGGUCCCAUAUUGUGAAAGUUGUGAUUAUAAAGCAGGUCUAAGUGCUAUAUAAUACUGUCAAAGAAUCAAAACGCUCAAUCCACGGAGAGAAAAACAUGCAGCCUGCAGAAACCAGGACAGAUCACCGUCAAUGGAGUAAAAUGAAACAUAGAAACAAUUGUCAAGUCCUCAUCUGAGGAUCAUAACUGCUAUUCAUCAAAGAUUCUUUAAGUGUGCAAGUGCUAUGAUGGAAGUGCUAACAAUAUGAACAUACAAGUGAAUAAAUUUUUGGGGGGAGGGGUCCAUAAGUGAUGUGCACAGUGGUGUCAUUGGAUCACAGUGAAGCUGUGUGGAUGUAGGGAAUUACAGUGUAAUAAGCUUUGAGUUGAUGUUUGCAUGCUGGAAUGAGCCCUCUGACUGAGGAGCAACCUACUGCUUAUCUAUGAGAAUGUACCUAAACUGAUACAGCAUGUAGCCCUAAUCAAGGUUAGGUUUUGUUAAGGUUGAUUUUGCUACAUGGUAUUAUUUGUUUGAAGGCCUGAGCAUGCCCAUAAAAUCAUUUCAGACUUUCUUGAUGAAUAACUAUAAUUAGUGUAUAAAAAAAGUGAUCAACUAAAUAAGCACUGAAACAAAGGAAUUUUAAAAAAUGUUUUAUUUCUUUAUUUUGGCUAAAAGUGCUGAACAAAUAAUUGUAAUUGAAAAUGAAACUGCAGAGACAUUUUGAAUUUUUCCUUUACUUUUUGGUAUCCCAUUCACUCACUUCAGAUUCCAUAUCACGAUCACUGUAUUUUCAAAAUGUGUAAGCAGUUACCAUUUUUAUCCCUUUCUUUGUUAAUAUUAAUACUAUUACUAUAAUAUUACUAUAAUACUAAUAAUUUAAAAAAAUACCAAAAACAUUGUUUUCACUGCAAAAAGGGAAGACUUAAGAAGAUAAUUUAAGUGUUUAACUUUUUAAGUGUAUGCUUCCAUCCAUAUCCUCUCUCUUCGGGCACUCAGUGGUGCAGUUUGCGGUGGAUAGUGGCUGUAUAUUAGGUCAGUGUUUCAGUAAUUUUGUGAAUGGCAUUAGGGGUUUACAAUUGGCCCACUGGAAUGGGCAAUAAGUGUAAAUGCAAAACACUGAGACUUUGGUAAUGUAAUGUUUCUGUCCAUUCUUCAUAUUUGUAAGUCAACCUGCCAAGCAUCACUAAUACAGUCGACACUAGAGCAGCAUUAAUGAAAUGAUGUUAAAAACAAUAUUUUUAUAAACUGUUUUGGUAUGUUCUUGGUUUGUUUUUUUCUUAUUGGGUGGUAGCACCUCCAGUGUGAUGAUUUGUAGAUGUCCGUUUUACGUAAUUUUUAAUGUUUUACAGACCAAACAAUUGAUGGAGGCACCAAUCAGCAGAUAAAUCAGGAAUGAAAUGAAUCAUUGGUUGCAGCCCUGGUUGACACCAGAUCAUUAAGUGUUUUUAAUCCUGUGUCUCUGAAUGCCAGUGCCCUGCCAAUCUUGCCUACUUGUAAAGGACAGCGUUGAUGAAUUCUGUCAGAACAUGAAGAAAGCUCAGUUGUGUUGCAGUAUUACUGUCUGCUGUAAGUUUGAUGUUGUGAUUGUCUGCUCAUAGAUGUUUAUUAGUUCAACAUGGAUAUGAAUAAUGCACUCUGUAUCAUUAUGCCAGAAAACAAAUUUUGUAUUUAAAAAAAAUCUCAGUCAA